UAUUCAUUCUCACUCUCUCUACCCAUUUCAAUCGAAUCAAUUUCUUCGUCUUCUUAAUGCUCUGCUUAGAAAAACAUUGACUUCCUUGUUCAAAAAUGGCGUCUUCUCAGGUCGAAAUCGCCUCAUCCACGCCUUUUGGUUGUGUUUUGAGGAAUCGAUGGAACAGAGAAACCAAAACCCAAUCCCCCUAUUUUCAGCAAAACCUUAAAGAUUUGGUUUCCUGUAUUUCGAGUUCAUCCCCUGUUGAGAAUUCUAGCAAUGUAGAUGUCUGGGUUCGCGAGGAAGACCAGAGAGAGAGUUCUCCGACUCAAUCUGAUGGUGGGUCUGUGGAGAUUCCCAAUUUGGGUGGAGUUUCCUCGCUUGUUCGAAAAUUGAGAGUCAUUUCGGAGUCUAGAACGAGUCAAUCAGCUGCUAUUAACAUACCCAAUUCAUCUUCUUCCCUUGAGCGUGAUCACGUAGGUGUGGGGGUUCCUUUCCAAUCGCAGCGAGCGAGAGCUAGGGGUUCGAUUGAUUUGGGGGAGGAGAGAGGGGUUUGUUCGAGGAUGCGAAAUGGGUCAUCUGAUGGGAGCAUUAGGUCCCAGAGGGAGGUUUGUGUGUCGGGCAUGAGAGCUGUGGUGGUUUGGAUUGCCAUUGUUGUUGCCAGGAAGAGGCAGAUUAUGAGCUUCUUUGGAAUACCCAUUUUUGCUGUGUCGUUGAAGACGAAGAUAGUUGAUGUGGUUUCUGUAAUAUAUAUAUAUAUAUAUAUAGAGAGCAGAGAGCACACUGCUAAAAAAGCACAGCUCAUCAACAUAUCCAUCUACCGAGGCUGGAGAAGGCACAAAAAGUGAAGCGAGUCUCUCCAAGACACAACAGAAAGAGCCUUUGCUAAUUGAAACGGUGCUUCUGGUAGUAUUUGAGAAGCUCUUCUCUUUCCUUCUUAACUUGCUCGAUGUAAA